GAUAGCAAGAUGGCCGCGGCCGUUUGAAAACGGUGCUGUCUACUCUUAUUUCUCUAAAUCAUUCAAUUUGCCCGGCUAUUGUUGUUUUAUGUUUCAGUUAUAUAGUAUACUAAGUGUGACCAACAGAACGACCCCACAUAAAGACAAGGACUCCGAGAGCCAUCCAUAGACUAUUCGUUAUUAACAGAAAUAAUGCUGAUAUCUGGAACUCAUGUCGAACGUCUAUGAAGAGAGAGCCACAAUGAUAGCCGCAGGGGAAUUGCAGUCCUUUGUUCCGUUCGGCCGUGAGCACUGCAAGAACCACCCGAAUGCAGUGAACCUGCAGCUGCGCCAGCUGCAGCCGGCCUCAGAGCUGUGGUCCUCGGACGGGGCGGCCGGGCUGGUGGGGUCACUCCAAGAAGUUACGUUGCAGGAAAGGGAGAAGGAGUGGUGGGACCUGAGGAAAGGUGCCGGGGGAGACAACGAUGAAGCCGAGUACGAGGAGGAGCUCUACGUGGCAGGGAACAUGGUGAUCUGGAGCCGGGGUACCAAGAGCCAAGCCUCGUACGUGUACAAGGCCUUCACCGUGGACAGUCCGGUCCAGCAGGCUUUGUGGUGUAACUUCGGUGUGCCUCAGAACAAAAAGGGUGAGCAAGAUGUUGUGGAGCAAACGGUGUGCAUCGUCCAGAGCACCUGCGUGAAUGUUCACAGCAUGAGUGGGAAAGACUUCAUUUCCCCACUGCCUUUUCAGGUUUCCACUCUGUGGCCGACGAAGUUUGGCCUCCUGUUUGAGCGCAAGAACCCGUCGUCCGACGUGCCCAUGAGCCCCCCCAGGGAACCUCUGCCCACGGUCUUCAGCAUGCUGCACCCUCUGGAUGAGAUCGCCCCUGUGGUCUGCAGGUCCACAGGCCUUCUCGAAGCGCCCCGCGUGCAGUAUGUCUCGGACAGCACCCUGAGGAUCGUCUUCUCCAGCUGCGAGCCGUCCAUCAUCAUGACCUACGACACGGUGCAGUGCGCCCACACGGUCUGGGCGCUGCGCAAAGUCACCAGCGAGGAGCAAUCGAUGGUGUUGAAGUGCCCAGAGCAGGUGGCCACGCCCCAGAACUUGAUGGCCCCCAGCUUCCUCAACACUCACCUCCGCAACGUCUCCAAGAUGGACUCCCCGGCUUCGCCCUUUCACAGCUACUCCCUGCACAGCCAGAACCGGAUGACCUCGUCCCCAGGGCUGCACUCUCGCGCCCAUUCCCCCACCAUAUCCAACAUGGCCGCUCUCAGCCGCGCCCACUCACCUGGCAUGGCCACGCCCUCCUUCUCUGGGACCCAGCGCUUUAACAUGUCCUGCCACUCCCCUCUGCCCCGAGGUCACAGCCUCCUGGCCUCGCCCAACAGCACGCUCAACGACUCUGUGGUCCUGCCCGAGAUGGAGCCCAUCGUCCCCGAGCUCUGCAUCGAGCAUCUCUGGGCCGAGAACGCCUCCAGCUGCAGGGAUAAGAGCUGCCAGGCCUCCAAGGUGUUCAUCAUAUCAGACCUGUGUGACACCAAGUUCCUCUGCUUCCUGGUGGAGUCCCAUCAGCAACUCAGGUGUGUGAAGUUCAUUGAAAGCAAUGACCAGAACCAGCUGAUAUUCGUCUCCGUCACCUCCAUUCCCGCCAAAGACGCUGCCCCACUGGAGAACAUAGAUGCCAUGCUGGUGUUGGAAGCCAACGGAAGUCUUGUUUUGUACACCGGAGUCUCUAGGGUGAGCAAGCUGUUUGUUCCGGGGGUGCUGGCUCCCUCCCUCAGCCUGUCGAACCCGAUGCCGCACCCCAGCACCCCCGUGGACAGCGUCAGCACCCCCGCCAACGCGGCGAGCCGCCACAUCAGCUGUCUGGACGAGGCGGUGAUGCCCUCUCCCGUGCUGGAGCUGCGGAGCUCGAUGAAGCACCACGAGUCUUCCUCCUGGCUGGAGGACUGCACCUUCCAGCACACCGUGCCUUACGUACACACCCUCAGAGACCCCGUGCACAACAGAGUCACCCUGGAGCUGAGCAACGGCGCCAUGCUUCGGAUUACCGUUCCUGAGAUCGCCACGUCUGAGCUGGUGAAAAAGUGCCUGCAGGCCAUCAAGUUCAUCCUGCCCAAGGAGACGGCCGCCAAGGUGCUGAUCAAGUGGUACAACAUCUACAACGCGCCCGGCGGUCCCAGCGCGCACCUGGAGUGGAGCCUGUUCGUCACCUGCUUCAUGACCCUCAUGGGCUACAACACCGACCGGCUGGCCUGGACGCGCAACCUUGACGUUGAAGUGCCUCUCUCCCCUGUGAUUGCGCCGAAGAAGGCCCGCCCCUCGGAGACGGGGUCGGACGAUGACUGGGAGUACCAGCGCUGCUCAGACUACCACUGGCAGGUGGAGUCUCUGCCCCUGAGCAGAGCUCUGCGGCUGGAGCCUGUGGAGGCCCCGCCCUGUGCUGACGAUGGCCCCGCCCCCCUGCGGCUGGACCCCUCGGCCCCCCUGUUCCCCCACAUCCCCGCCGUCUUCUUCGUGCUGCACCUGCUCUACGAGGAGCUCAAGCUGGACAACCUGAUGAUUAGGGGCACCCGCUCACUGGUGGUGCUGCUGCAGCAGCUGGCCAGGGACCUGCAGCUAGAAGACUAUAUCGAUCUGUACUGGCGAGACUAUCCCUCAUUCAUCAAAACCUUCAAGGAGGCCUGCGUCAUCGACCAGGCUCAGAUGGAGCAGAUGAACCGGCCCGCCUUCCUGUCGGCCGAGCCUCCCAGCAUCUUCAGGUGGUUCAGCAGCUGCCUGCGGGGGAAAGAGGUCUCUCCAUUUCCCUACCUGCCCGGAAUCUGCAAGAGGACCAAACUACUGGUGCUGAGCUUCGCCCUUUACAUCGUCGGCAACGACAACGCCGUGUCCAGCGACGAGUCCAAGUACCUGUCCAAGGUCACCGCGGGCCAGAAGAAAAACCUGAAUGAGCUGUCUUUCAGGAGGCAAAGCAGCGUGAAGCCUAGCGCCCCCUACUGCAGCCUGGCGGAGAAGCUGGUCAUCUGGCUCACGACGGCAGGAUUCACGCUGAAGGACCUGGACUCCGUCCCCUUUGGCAUAGCCCUCCCAAUCCGUGACGCCAUCUACCAGUGCCGUGAGCAGCCCUGCUCUGAUUGGUCGGAAGAUGUCUGCUUGCUGAUUGGACGGCAGGACCUCACCAAGCAAGCGCACAAGGUCACUCUGGCGAAAGGCAAAUCGACGGUGGGGGCGGGGCUGACGCUGGACGCCCCGGCGGCCUCGGAGGCGGCGGAGGAGGAGGAGGACGGCAUGAACGACGUCAACCAGGAGGUGACCUCGCUGAUCUGGAGCCAGGACCUGCGGGUGCAGGAGGCGCGGCGCCUCCUCCAGAGCUCCCGGCCCGUCCGCGUCAACGUGGUGCACCUCCCCGAGGUCAGCGACCACGAGUACAUCGAGGAGAAGGAGAACAAGCUGCUGCAGCUCUGCCAGCGGACCAUGGCCCUUCCUGUGGGAAGGGGGCUGUUCACCCUCUUCUCUUACCACCCCGUCCCGACCGAGCCCCUCCCCGUCCCAAAGCUGAAUCUGACCGGUCGGGCUCCGCCCAGGAACACCAUGGUGGACCUGAACAGCGGGAACAUCGACGUGCCGCCCAACAUGACGGCCUGGUCCAGCUUCCACAACGGGGUGGCGGCGGGCCUGAAGAUCGCCCCCGCCUCCCAGGUGGACUCUGCCUGGAUCGCCUACAACAAGCCCAAGAGCACCGAGCUGGCCAAUGAGUACGCGGGCUUCCUCAUGGCCCUGGGCCUCAACGGUCACCUCACCAAGCUGGCUACGCUCAACAUCCACGACUACCUCACCAAGGGUCACGAGAUGACCAGUAUCGGGCUGCUCCUGGGCGUUUCGGCCGCCAAGCUGGGCACCAUGGACAUGUCAAUCACGCGGCUGCUGAGCAUCCACAUCCCCGCCCUGCUCCCGCCCACGUCCACCGAGCUGGACGUGCCGCACAACGUGCAGGUGGCCGCCGUGGUGGGCAUCGGCCUGGUGUACCAGGGCACCGGGCACCGGCACAACGCCGAGGUGCUCCUCGCCGAGAUCGGUCGCCCCCCGGGUCCUGAGAUGGAGUACUGCACCGAUCGGGAGUCGUACUCGCUGGCGGCCGGGCUGGCGCUGGGCAUGGUGUGCCUGGGGCAUGGCAGUAACCUCAUCGGCAUGACCGACCUCAACGUCCCAGAGCAGCUGUACCAGUACAUGGUGGGGGGUCACCGUCGCACCCACGUGGGCAUCAACCGGGAGAAGCACAAGUCGCCCAGCUACCAGAUAAAGGAGGGCGACACCAUAAAUGUGGACGUCACCUGUCCUGGUGCGACUCUGGCUUUGGCCAUGAUCUACCUGAAAACCAACAACAGGUCUAUCGCUGAUUGGCUGCAGGCUCCGGACACCAUGUUCCUAUUGGACUUCAUCAAACCCGAGUUCCUGCUGCUGAGGACUCUGGCCCGCUGUCUCAUCAUGUGGGACGAGAUCGUGCCCAACUCUGAUUGGGUCAACAGCAACGUACCUCAGAUCAUCCAGGAGAACCUCGUGUGGCAGGAAGAAGGUCCGGUCUCGGAGGAUCUGAACAUAGAGACUCUAGCCCAGGCCCAUGACUACAUCAUCGCCGGGGCCUGCAUGGCCGUGGGGUUCCGUUUCGCCGGGUCCGCCAACUCCGAUGCUUUCGACUGUCUGUACCGCUUCGCCAGGACCUUCAUGGAGUGCCUGACAACAACCGCGGCUACCGUGACGGGCCACUACAACAUUCAGACGUGCGUGAGCAUGGUUCUGCUGGCCAUCUCCAUGGUGAUGGCGGGGUCGGGGAACCUGCGCGUGCUGCAGCUCUGCCGCUUCCUGCACAAGCGCACCAGCGGCGAGAUGAACUACGGCUUCCACAUGGCGCACCACAUGGCCCUGGGCCUGCUCUUCCUGGGAGGGGGGAGGUACACCCUCAGCACCUCGAACUCGGCCAUCGCUGCCCUCCUGUGCGCCCUGUACCCCCACUUUCCCGCUCACAGCACUGACAACAGGUAUCACCUGCAGGCCCUGCGGCACCUGGCUGUGCUGGCCGCUGAGCCCCGCCUGCUGGUCCCCGUGGACGUGGACACCUGCAAGCCCUGCUACGCCCUGCUGGAGGUCACCUACAAGGAGACGCAGUGGUACGGGGAAACCACUGUGGAGCUGAUGGCCCCCACCAUGCUGCCUGAGCUCCACCUCCUCAAACAGAUCAGAGUCAAAGGGCCGAGAUACUGGGAGCUGGCGAUCGAUAUCAGCAGAGGAACGCAGCAUUUGCAGUCCAUCCUGGCGCGGGACGGGGUGCUGUACGUCAAGCUCCGAGCGGGACAGCUGCCCUACAAGGACGACCCGCGGGGGUGGAAGAGCCUGCUGGCCCCCAACGUCCACAACAGGAACCCCGAGGUGUGGACGUUCAAGCCCGAGGCCAUCUCCACCUUCACUUCCGACCCGGCCCUGGUCUCCUUCGCCGAGUACUUCUGCAAGCCUGCCGAAAACAUGAAACACAAAGGAGACACGCUGGCCCUGUUCUCGGCGAUCCUGUACGAGUGCGUGACGCAGGAGAACCCCGAGAUGCUGCCGACCUACAUAGCGAUAGAUCAGGCAGUGAAGAGCCUGGCUCAGGGGGAGAUGACAGAGACCUUUGCGCUGGGGCAGCUGGGGCUGGUGCUGGACGUGUGCGAGUGUCGCGUGCUGCAGGAGAGGAUGAGGAGGCCCGAGGGGCGGGGCCUGCUGCUCAGCUCCGAGUUCCUGCCCGUCAUGAAGUGCUCUGUGGACAACACCCUCGACCGCUGGCUCUGUGAUAACAGCCACGUCCUGCGGGCCUACAUUAGCGGCCAGGCCUACACUAAGGACAUGGAGACCAGCAUGCUGGCCUGCUUCCUGGUCUACCACUCCAUCCCCUGCCUUGCGAUAAUGGCUGGAACACACAUGGAGGGUUGCAGGACGUUUGCGGAGCUGCUGCUGAGCUUCAGUCAGCUGGGCGUCCCGGUGCGCUCCGUGCUCCGCCUGGCCCCCCUCCUGCUGAGGAACGGCGACGCUUUCGCGGCCGGCCCCCCCGUCUUCUGAGCCGCCGGAGUCCGCCAUCGCUGCCUGCGGGGGUUCCACAGCACCGCGGGGUCUUCUCCCCA